AUGCCUCUUGCAGAGGAUCUCCUUCAUCCCUCUCCAGAGGAGGUGACGAGGAAACACAAGAAGAAGCGCCUGGUGCAGAGCCCACCCUCCUUCAUGGGUGUGAAGUGCCCAGGAUGCUGUAAAAUCACCACCGUUCUUAGCCACACACAAAUGGUAGUUUUGUGUACUGAAUGCUCCACUGUCCUCUGCCAGCCCACAGGAGGAAAAGCAAGACUGACAGAAGGAUGUUCCUUCAGAAGGAAGCAGCAUUAA